AUGUUUAAUCCCAUCCGCAAGCUCUUGAGUUUCUGGAGCGCCGCCGACGCGAGCGUCACCACAUCGUCCAACGACGCAUCAACCAAGGAUGUAGCGACUGAGAGCACUGCGUACCGCGCCGCCUGCAAUCAUGCCGCACCUCCUACACGAUACGCCAGCGGCGAGUUCAACACCACACCGUCUCCGCCGCCCAAUGCUGCGCUAUCCGCAUACCUGUUCUCACAAGUGAAGAACACCAACACGUCUACAUCGAGAAUUAGGGUUAACAUCCCGCCACCGCCCUUUCCCAUGUUUAGUGCGCCGACUGGCAACGCGAACAGCGACUCUUCUACCGCAUCGGACGACAUCGAUAUGCCAGAUGCAACACCGAUGUCACCUCUGACACCUCCAAAAACACCUUCCCGUGAUGGUGAUGAUAUCCGACGUUCGGUCGAGACACCAACCCAAGAAGACGUUCACGGUGCAACGGCUGAAGACGAUGACACUAGCGAGUCGCGCAACGACACGACCGCACCUCCAUCUCCGGAGCGUGACAGCCGUACUCCUUCCCCACCACCGCGCCAACAAGACCGCCAGCCUACAACACCCACAUCAGAGCCCGCACCAACCUGGCUAGACGAAAUCGUCAUCGAAGAAGACACCCCCGAGAACGCCCUCCCAGUCGGCUACAUGGGCACCUUCCGCGGAAGCCGCCACUUCAUCCCCGAGUACCCCGGCAUGAAACGCUGCAGCAACCAAGUCACUCACCUCCUCCUCUGCGGCCACUGGAUCGCCAGCACCGAGCCCUGCGGCGCCAACUGCAAGAAGCAAGACCACAGCCACAAACAGUUCAAAUGCCCAACCUGCAACGACAUCGUCCGUAACAUCCUCAUGGGAUCUUUCCAACCCGCGGACUCGAUGAGACUGAGGGAGUUCAGGAAGCAGAAAGAUAUCAAGUUUCUGGCUUGCUGUGUCGAGGCGGUUGUGAGGGCUGCACCGGAAAUUAAGAAUGGGGUUACGGAGGCUGUGGCUGGGUUUCUCUGCACGGAUUCUGGGCGGGAGUGUGAGGGGGCGGAGAAUCCUGAUCCGAGUGGGAAUGAUACUAUUGAGGAGAUUGUAAGGGAUAUGCAGGAGCGGCAUGAGCGGAAGCAGCGUGAGAAGAGGGCGAGAGAGGAGGAGGAGGAGUUGAAUAUGCAUGAGAAGAGGGCUAGGGAUGAGGAUGCGAGGGAUGGGAAUACCGAUAAGGAAACACGCUCGAACGGGGAUACACCGGGGGGUCGUAAGCAUGAGCGAAACGACGCAUCCGCGGGUGAGAACGAGACGCAGGAUACUUCACCUCCUACCAACAAGAAGCGCAAGACGUCCCUGGAAACCCACCGCGAGCCCAUCACACCAUCUACCCGCGGCACGAAGCGUCGUUCCCCAUUCUCUCCCUCCUCAUCACCUUUCUCCUCCUCCUCCCCCACCGCCUCACCCUUCGCCUACCUCGCCAACUCCAGGCCCCCCUCCCCACCAUAUCCAUCACCACCACCCCCGAAGAAGAGGGUCUUCGAGAAGCCCGAUCCCGCGUUCGGCGAAGCCAGCUUCGUCAUCGCGCCGCCUCAUGUCGUCGGACCGCUUAUGCGAAAGCGGCAUGCCGAUGUUUAUGUUGAGGGGGAUAUUGAGCGGGAGAGUAAGCGCAGGAGGAGUCAAGAGAAUGAAGUGAAUGAAGUGGAGGGUGAAAGGGGAGGGGAGGGGAUGGGGAGCGAGAGGAUGAGGGCGAAGAGUUUUGAGACUUUUAGGAGGGCGUGGGAUGGGAGGGAGGAGGAUGAGGAGGGGGAGUGUGAGUUGUAG